AUGGCGUCCGAUGGGCCUCCAGCCAAAAGGCUGAAGAGCUCCAAUCUCCCGCCACAUCUUUUGCGCGAUGCGAAGCGCAAAGACAUCGACAACUGGGAAACAAACCGGAUGCUCACGUCUGGAGUUGCCCAGCGACGCGAUUUCGAAGGCGAUUUUAUGCCGGAAGACGAUGAAGGCACUCGCAUUCACUUGCUCGUCCACGAUCUGCGGCCGCCGUUUCUCGAUGGGCGCACCAUUUUCACCAAGCAGUUGGAGCCUAUUUCAGCCGUCCGCGAUCCACAGAGUGAUAUGGCUGUAUUCAGUCGAAAAGGCAGCAAAGUUGUACGGAACCGACGCCAGCAACGGGAGCGACAGAAACAAGCGCAAGAGGCUACGACAAUGGCGGGCACGGCACUGGGAAAUCUCAUGGGUAUCAAGGAGGACGAAGGCGAUAGUGCCGUGGCUAUGCCUGUUGAGGAUACGUACAAAAGCGGGAACAGGUUUGCGCAGCACCUGAAGAAAGAUGCAGGCCAGAGUUCAUUCAGCAAGAGCAAGACGCUUCGUGAGCAGAGGGAGUACUUGCCUGCAUUUGCCGUGCGCGAGGACUUGCUACGAGUGAUACGGGAUAACCAGGUGAUUGUGGUAGUCGGUGAGACCGGAUCUGGGAAAACGACCCAAUUGACACAGUUCCUGCAUGAGGACGGUUAUUCUAAGUAUGGUCUCAUCGGGUGCACGCAACCCCGACGUGUGGCUGCCAUGAGCGUUGCAAAACGUGUGAGUGAAGAGAUGGAAGUGGAUCUCGGCGCGGAAGUUGGAUAUGCCAUUCGCUUUGAAGAUUGUACAAGUAAAGAUACAGUCAUCAAGUAUAUGACAGACGGUGUGCUUCUCCGAGAGUCCUUGGUCCAGCCGGAUCUGGACAAGUACUCAUGCAUCAUCAUGGACGAAGCGCACGAAAGAGCUUUGAAUACAGAUGUGCUGAUGGGCCUUUUGAAGAAGGUUUUGGCCCGACGAAGAGAUUUGAAGCUGAUUGUCACGUCUGCUACGAUGAACUCGGAACGCUUCUCUCGAUUCUUUGGCGGCGCUCCAGAGUUCAUCAUCCCUGGAAGAACAUUUCCGGUGGACGUCCACUUCUCUCGUACCCCAUGUGAGGAUUAUGUCGAUAGUGCAGUCAAGCAGGUCUUGGCAAUCCAUGUCUCACAGGGUCCAGGCGAUAUCCUUGUUUUCAUGACUGGCCAGGAAGACAUCGAAACAACAUGCGAAUUGAUCGAUGAACGAUUAAAAAUGCUUAAUGAUCCAGCGAAACUCAGCAUCUUGCCUAUAUACAGUCAAAUGCCGGCAGAGCAACAGGCGAAGAUCUUCGAACAGGCGCCACCUGGAGUCCGAAAAGUGAUUGUUGCCACCAAUAUUGCGGAAACAAGUUUGACUGUUGAUGGAAUUAUGUUCGUUGUGGACGCAGGAUACUCGAAGCUGAAAGUAUACAAUCCGCGCAUGGGUAUGGAUACGCUCCAGAUAACGCCUAUCUCCCAAGCCAACGCCAAUCAACGGUCCGGCCGAGCAGGACGAACGGGACCUGGAAAGGCGUAUCGUCUAUAUACUGAGGCUGCCUACAAGAACGAACUAUAUAUACAAACGAUCCCCGAGAUUCAGCGGACAAGUCUUUCAAACACGGUGUUGCUUCUCAAGUCGCUUGGCGUGAAAGACCUGUUGGAUUUCGAUUUCAUGGAUCCUCCACCGCAGGAGACUAUUUCGACGUCACUCUUCGAGCUCUGGUCUCUUGGCGCAUUGGACAAUCUGGGCGACCUCACUCCGCUCGGUCGUGCCAUGACUCCAUUCCCUAUGGACCCACCACUCGCCAAGCUUCUUAUUACUGCGUCCGAGGAGUACGGGUGCAGCGAGGAGAUGCUGACAAUUGUGUCCAUGCUCUCUGUCCCGAGCGUAUUUUACCGCCCAAAGGAACGUCAAGAAGAAUCGGAUGCGGCGCGCGAGAAAUUCUUCGUCCCAGAAUCUGAUCAUCUAACACUUCUCCAUGUUUACACACAGUGGAAGACCAAUGGCUACUCCGAUUCAUGGUGUAUCAAACAUUUCCUUCAUCCCAAAGCUUUGCGGCGAGCAAAAGAAGUCCGUGACCAACUCCACGAUAUCAUGACGGUGCAGAAGAUGCCGCUCAACAGCUGUGGCACAGACUGGGACGUUAUCCGCAAGUGUAUCUGCUCCGGCUUCUAUCACCAGGCGGCAAGAGUCAAGGGAAUCGGCGAGUUUAUCAAUCUUCGGACUAGCGUGAGCAUGCAGCUUCACCCGACAAGCGCUCUGUACGGCUUGGGCUAUGUGCCUGAAUACGUGGUGUAUCACGAGUUGAUAUUGACAAGCAAAGAGUACAUGUCGACUGUGACUGCUGUUGACCCACAUUGGCUCGCCGAACUAGGUGGCGUCUUCUACUCAGUUAAAGAGAAGGGCUAUUCGCAGCGGGAACGCCGCGUCACGGAACACGAGUUCAACCGGCGCAUGGAGAUCGAGACUCAGAUGGCUGCCGACCGAGAACGAGCCGCGGCAGAAAAGCAGCGCGAGCAAGAGCGCAACGACCCGUCUCGACGGAAGAUGGAAGUGGAGGUGGGAUCUGUUGUGCGCCGCCCCCCUGUCACCGGCGCACGACGAGUCGGCGGUGUCACCGCGUCUUCGGCCAGAAACGGCGCGAACGGGGCAGGAGGCAGCGUGGUGAAGAAGCCCCAGAUCAAGAGAAAACCAGGGCGAGCAUUCUAA